AUGGCUGCCGCGCUACAUCAAUAUGAUUACAUCUUCGCCAUCACCACAAUCUUCUCCUUCCUCGACGCAUGGAACAUUGGCGCAAACGAUGUCGCAAACUCCUUUGCAACCUCCGUCUCCUCCCGCUCCCUAACCAUGAAACAAGCCAUGGCCAUCGCCGCUGUCGCCGAGUUCUCCGGCUCCGUAGCAGUCGGCUCCCGCGUAUCCGACACCCUCCGCAACAAAAUCAUCGACCCGCACCUCUACGCCUCCCGCCCCAGCGUCCUCUUGCUCGUCAUGAUGUGCGCCAUCUUCGGCUCCUCCGUCUUCCUCAGCAUCGCCACCCGCAACGGCCUGCCCGUGAGCACGACCCACUCCAUCAUCGGUGGGCUCGUCGGCGCCGCGACGGCGAGCGUGGGUAUCGCCAAGGUCAGCUGGGGGUGGGACGGCGUCUCGCAGGUCUUUGCGGCGUGGGUCAUCGCGCCGGGGUUGAGCGGGGCGCUCGGGGCGGUCAUGUUCCUCAUCACGAAGAGGUUUGUGCUGACCAAGGCGAAUGCUGUGCGGAACGCCUUCUUUACGAUUCCGUUUUACACCUUUUUGACGUUUGGCUCGUUGACGAUGCUCGUGGCCUGGAAGGGCGUUCAGCUCCAAGUCGAACUCACAGCAACGCAAGUCCUCAUUGCAGUCUUCUCCGUCGCCACCGGCGCGACGCUCCUCCAAGCCUUCUUCCUCUUGCCCUACCUCUGGCGCAAAAUCGUGAACGAGGACUGGCAGCUGACAUGGCUCAUGAUGUGGAGAGGCCCCUGGCUCCUCAACCGGCCUCCACCACCCUUACCCCCGGCCGGGGUGCGAAGGGUCAACAUCAAAGACUACUACCGCGGCCACCUCACCGCCGACGAGCUCGCCUACAUGAGGGCCUCGGAAACGCUCCUCGAAUCAAUACAAAGUAGCCAGACACCCUCAGACCUCUUCAAAGACGACCAACCCAUCCUCUCCCCGCCGGUCCUCGCGCCACCGCAAACCCCAGCAACGACAUCAUCAUCAACAACAUCAGCUUUGACAGAAACCCGCCGGCCCUCCUCUUCGUCCUACUCCGCCUCCUCUGAACACAUCCCACCACGCCCCGCAGGACCCUGGACAAGCCUCCCCGUCCUCACCUGGCGCCUCAACCGCAUCCUCCUCCGCGGCCUGGAGCAAGACGUCAUCACGAUGCAGAAGCGCACCGCCGUCCUCUCCUGGGACAUUGCCGACAUGCACGCCCGCGCGCCGCACUACGACAACCGCGCAGAGUACAUGUACAGCUCCCUGCAGAUCCUCACCGCCUCCGCCGCGAGCUUCAUCCACGGCGCCAACGACGUCGCCAACAGCAUCGGGCCCUUUGCGACAGCCUACGAGAUCUGGCAGACGGGCGGGAUCAAGACCUCGGUCGGCGUGCCGGUGUGGAUCCUCUGCUUCGGCGGCGGGGCCAUCGUGCUGGGCCUGCUCACGUACGGGUACCACGUCAUGCGGAACCUGGGGAACCGGCUGACGCUGAUUUCGCCCAGUCGGGGCUUCUGCAUGGAGCUCGCGAGCGCCGUUGUCGUGAUGAUGGCGACGAAGCUUGCGCUGCCCGUGUCGACGACGCAGUGCAUUGCCGGCGCGACGGUCGGCGUCGGGCUGGCGAACGGGGACUGGCGAUCCAUCAAUCCGAGGCUCGUGGCGUGGAUCUAUUUUGGGUGGUUUGUUACCGUUCCCGUGUCUGCGCUGUUUUCGGGGUCGUUGAUGGCUUUGAUACUGAACGCUCCGCAUUGGGAGGUGGCUGUGAGCUGA